UCAACCACCUCUAAGCCGACGCGCAAAAAGAAAAGAGGAAAAUUGCCAUUUUGCAUAUUCCGUAUUCCGAUCAUCAGCGUGCUUGAAGUGUGUGUGCGCUGAAAAUAAUUAAUUUAAUUGCUGCCGGGUUUUCUCGCCGUAAAGCAGCACCAAACGUAGUUUCCCCAGCGGACUUCUAUAGUUUUAGCCGAAAGUCUGUGCACGCGUUUUGCCGCUCCGGCUUUGUUGUUUUGGCGCCCGAAUUUUGGCAGCCGGAUUUUGUGACGCGGAAUUUUUGGGCCGCUAACAGCUAAUCAUCAUGGUGGAUCGAAGUGAUAAUGCUGCGGAAUCCUUCGACGAUGCCGUCGAGGAGCGCGUGAUCAACGAGGAAUACAAGAUAUGGAAAAAGAACACGCCCUUUCUCUACGAUUUGGUGAUGACCCACGCCCUUGAAUGGCCCUCCCUGACAGCACAGUGGCUGCCCGAUGUAACCAAGCAGGAUGGCAAAGACUACUCGGUUCACCGCCUCAUCCUGGGCACUCACACAUCCGACGAGCAAAACCAUUUGCUCAUCGCUAGCGUCCAGCUUCCCAGUGAAGACGCCCAGUUUGAUGGAUCGCACUAUGACAACGAGAAGGGCGAGUUUGGCGGUUUUGGUUCCGUCUGUGGCAAAAUCGAGAUCGAAAUCAAGAUCAACCACGAGGGGGAGGUCAACAGGGCGCGUUACAUGCCCCAGAACGCAUGCGUCAUUGCUACCAAGACUCCUUCAAGCGACGUUCUUGUCUUUGACUACACGAAGCAUCCGAGCAAGCCGGAACCUUCAGGCGAAUGCCAGCCAGAUUUGCGAUUGCGUGGUCACCAGAAGGAGGGCUAUGGUCUUUCGUGGAACCCCAACCUCAACGGCUACUUGCUGUCGGCCUCUGAUGAUCACACCAUAUGCUUGUGGGACAUUAACGCUACUCCUAAGGAGCAUCGGGUUAUUGAUGCCAAGAAUAUAUUUACGGGACACACCGCUGUUGUCGAGGAUGUCGCCUGGCAUUUAUUGCAUGAGUCGCUUUUCGGCUCCGUUGCCGACGAUCAGAAGCUGAUGAUCUGGGAUACUCGCAACAAUAACACCUCAAAGCCCUCGCACACGGUGGACGCACACACAGCCGAGGUCAACUGUCUGAGCUUCAACCCCUACUCAGAGUUCAUUUUGGCCACCGGGUCUGCUGACAAAACUGUUGCAUUGUGGGAUCUGCGCAACCUGAAACUAAAACUACAUUCCUUCGAGUCGCACAAGGACGAAAUUUUCCAAGUGCAAUGGUCGCCGCAUAACGAGACAAUCCUCGCUUCCUCGGGCACCGAUCGCCGGCUACAUGUCUGGGAUUUGUCCAAGAUCGGAGAAGAGCAGAGCUCAGAGGACGCCGAAGACGGACCGCCAGAGCUGCUCUUCAUUCACGGCGGCCACACGGCCAAAAUCAGCGACUUCUCAUGGAACCCCAACGAGCCCUGGAUCAUUUGCUCGGUCUCUGAGGAUAAUAUUAUGCAGGUGUGGCAAAUGGCCGAGAAUGUUUACAACGACGAGGAGCCCGAGAUCCCUGCCUCUGAGUUGGAAACCAACACAGCUUAA